AUGGAAGAAGUGAUGGUCAAGGAAGGAUUGGAAGAAGAAAUAAUGAGUAAGAUGUUACUCCAUCAACUAGAGUCCCUAGAGCUCAUGGAUCUUCCAAAACUCACGCGAUUCUGCACAAGUAAUUUAGUUGAAUGUCCUGUCUUGAAAGAGCUGCGCAUACAAAAUUGCCCUCAAAUGAGGACCUUUGUCUCCAAUUAUACGACUUCAAAUAUGGCAUCCAGCAGUGAACUUGACAUUAUAAAUUCUGCUCUCUUCGAUGAAAAGGUUGCAUUCCCCAACUUGGAGCAAUUGGAGAUUCACAACAUGGAUAAUUUGAAGAUGAUAUGGCACAAUGAACUCCAUUCAGAUUCCUUUUGCAAAAUAAACGAACUUACUGUGGAAAACUGUGAAGAACUAAUUAAAAUUUUUCCAUCCACGUUGUUGAGAGGCCUCCGGAAUCUUCAAAGUCUGGUCAUAUGUGAAUGUAAUUUACUGCAAGAGGUGUUUGAUCUCCAAGAGCUAAUAAAAAUGAAAGAAUCAGUAGCCAUUCAAUUGAGAACUCUAGACAUACGCGGCCUUCCAAAGUUGAAGCAUGUAUGGAAUGAGGAUCCUGUGGGACUUGUCUUGUUUGAUAACCUAAGUUCAGUGCGUGUUAGGGAUUGUCCAAAUCUAAAAAUUAUUUUCCCAGCUUCAAUAGCUAAAAAUCUGCCACAACUCAAAACACUGGAUAUAGACAGUUCUGGGGUGGAGGAAAUUGUUCAGAAUCUGAAUUGGGUAGAAACAAAUAUGGAGAACCAACCUAUGAUUAAAGCUCUGCAGCCACAUUUCUCCUUUAGAAAGGUAUCUUUUCCUAAUUUGACUAUCCUGAUUGUGGAUGAAUGUGAUAAUUUGAAAAAUUUAUUAUCACUCUCAAGUGUUGUGCAUUUGAAAACGCUUGAGAUACGCAAUUGUAAGAUGAUGGAAGAAGUGAUGGUCAAAGAAGGAUUGGAAGAAGAAAUAAUGAGUAAGAUGUUACUCCAUCAACUAGAGUUCCUAGUGCUCGAGAAUCUUCCAAAACUCACGCGAUUCUGCACAAGUAAUUUAGUUGAAUGUCCUGCCUUGAAACAGCUGCGCAUACAAGAUUGCCCUCAAAUGAGGACCUUUGUCUCCAAUUAUACGACUUCAAAUAUGGCAUCCAGCAGUGAACUUGACAUUAUAAAUUCUGCUCUCUUCGAUGAAAAGGUUGCAUUCCCCAACUUGGAGCAAUUGGAGAUUCUCAACAUGGAUAAUUUGAAGCAUGUAUGGAAUGAGGAUCCUCUGGGACUUGUCUUGUUUGAUAACCUAAGUUCAGUGAGGGUUUGGAAUUGUCCAAAUCUAAAAAUUUUUUUCCCAGCUUCAAUAGCUAAAAAUCUGCUACAACUCAAAAGACUGAAUAUAGCCAGUUCUGGGGUGGAGGAAAUUGUUCAGAAUCUGAACUGGGUAGAAACAAAUAUGGAGAACCAACCUAUGGUUAAAGUUCUGCAGCCACAUUUCUCCUUUAGAAAGCUAGACCAAGCUCUUCGGUCUCUUGAAGAACUUCUCGUUUGGCAAUGUGACAGUUUGAUUACUUUAGCACCAUCCUCUGCUUCUUUUCAAAAUCUGACGACUUUGGAGGUGUGGAAAUGCAAUGGAUUAGUUAGUUUGGUAACAUCGUCAACAGCAAAAAGUCUGGUACAACUCACAAAAAUGAGUAUAGAAGCAUGUGACAGAUUGAAAGAAAUAGUUGCAAAUGAGGGAAAUGAAUCGAAAGAGGAUAUCAUCUUUAGCAAAUUAGGAAAACUGGAACUUAGAUAUUUGCCAAGCCUCGUCAGUUUUUGCUCAGCAGAUCACAGCUUCAAAUUCCCCUCUUUAACAGAAGUAUUUAUGGAGAAAUGCCCCAAGAUGCAGAUUUUCUCAAAAGGAGUCUUAAGCACACCAAGACUCCUCGUUGUACAACAUGAUGAACAAGGGUGUUGGAACGGCAAUCUGAAUGACACUGUACAACAAUUGUUUGCAGAAAUGAAUGCCAAGGAAGAUUGACCCCAAUCCAUCUUGUGCUGAAGCUGAAAUAAGGCCAACGCUCUUUGUAAUUGAUUCAGAUGUAGAUUGUGGAAGGGCUUUCUUAUUCAUAUUGGGAUUAUCUGUGCAAGGUGUUGUAUCCUUCUGAGAUUUUAAAUGGUGAACGGACCAUAUUGUUCCCAUUUUAUUAUUCCUAAAAGCAGUCUGUAUUUGGUAAAGUUUGAAUUCAGAUAAUCGUGUUUAAUAUCCAUGAAUACACUAAUUAGUUAAAUUUAGUGUCUGCAUUGCCUUUACGAGAUAUUAUGUGUAUGAGGAUUGUAAGGCUAAUGGCCUAAUGUGUUUGGAUAUUGUAAAUUAGAACCAUCUUAAAGCAAAUUCGACUUCA